AUGACCCGUGGAAACCAGCGUGAACUUGCCAGGCAAAAGAACCUGAAGAAGAGUACUGAUAAGUCGAAAAAGCCAGACGAUGGCAUGUCGGCCGCUGCCCGCAAGCAGAGGGAUGCUGAGAUUAUGCAGCAGAAACAGAAAAAGGCAGCUGAAAAACCAAAAGAUGAGCCAAAAUAA